AGAAGUUUGUUGUCUAUAGCAUACACUUUAAUAUAUGCUUCUGGCUGGAAUAGACAAGCAAAUUUGAAGAAAAAAGUAUUAAAGUUUGAUUUUCAUUAGCAUACCGAAUGUUUGAAAAUAUUUUAAUUAUUUGCAAGAUUGACAAAACUGCAAACAGAAUAAUUAGAAAACAAGAUAACCCGUAGAUAUAUAUGACAAGAUAAUUUUCCUGAGAAAUGUUGAAUAUAUCAAGAUAUUGCAAAAAUUCCUCACUUAUAUCUCAAAGUAAACAACUUUUGGGAAUUUCAUCAAGAAGUCUGGUACAAAAUGGAAUAUCAAGAACAUACAUGUCAUCAGUUUUCAAACGACCAACUAAAAACUUCAAGUUUGUUAACUUUUGGCGUAAGAAUGCAACUGUGGCAGUAAGAUUGAAUUCAGAUGUUUCCAAUAAGGGGCAGAAGGCAGUUGGCUAUUGGCUGCUAACUUGUAGUGGAAUGGUUUUUGUAGCUGUUGUUAUAGGCGGCGUAACAAGAUUAACAGAAUCUGGAUUGUCAAUGGUGACAUGGAAAUUGUUGGGAGAAAAAAUGCCCAGAUCCGAAGAAGAGUGGCAAGAAGAAUUCAACAGAUACAAGCAAUAUCCUGAAUUCAAAAUGAAAAACCAAGAUAUUACUUUGAGAGAAUUCAAGUUCAUUUGGCACAUGGAAUAUGGUCACCGACAAUGGGGUAGAGCAAUUGGAGCAUUUUUCCUCAUUCCAGCUGCUUACUUUUGGAUGAGAGGUCGACUAACUCCUGGUUUGAAGAAAAGAGUGUUGGCCUUCGGGUCCCUAAUAGGAGCUCAGGGAUUAAUGGGUUGGUACAUGGUGAAGUCAGGACUGGAAGACCGAUUUCACGGACAGAGUGACGUGCCAAGAGUAUCACAAUAUAGACUCGCCUCUCAUCUCAGCCUUGCAUUUAUUUUAUACACUCUCUUCCUCUGGUCAGCUCUAGAUAUCUUAGCGCCUGCACAGAGCAUUGCUAUUGCCAGUAAAACAGCUCUGAAAGCUGCAAGGAAAUUCAGGUGGCUGGCACAUUCUACCAAGGCGAUGGUAUUUUUGACAGCUGUUUCAGGUGCUUUCGUGGCUGGUCUUGAUGCCGGUCUUGUCUAUAAUUCAUUCCCAAAAAUGGCCGAUAAGUGGAUACCAGAUGAUAUAUUAGCUCUCAGCCCGAAACUGGCAAACUUCACUGAAAAUCCCACAACAGUUCAAUUUGAUCACAGAAUACUUGGUACAACGACAUUGUGUCUCAUAACAGCGCUUUGGAUAUUGUCAAGAAGGAGGAUAUUGCCACCAAAAGCAUAUAUGGCUGCAACUGUGUUAGGAGUAAUGGGUUACCUACAGGUUACACUGGGAAUAACCACACUAUUGACUUUCGUGCCAACUAGUAUAGCUGCUACUCACCAAACAGGAUCUUUGGCAUUGCUCUCAUCUGCCAUUUGGCUUACACACGAACUUAAAAAGUUACCUAAAUAAGUAUUAUAACA